AUGGCUCACGAACAACGUGGCAGGCCAUUAAAUCGAAGUCGGAACGAGUCUGUGAACGUGAGACAGAAUGAAGAAGCAGGCCAACAAUAUGUACAACAGCCAACAUCCACACGUUUGAGUCAACAUGGGAUAGCACAAACGCUACCACGUCAUUUCGAUGCGGCCAGUAUGCAACAAUCCAACCUUGCUCAACAAAGGAUGCCAAUCCCGAUGUUUCCCAAUCCACAUCCACCUUCGCAGCCAUCUAUGCAAUACAGUCAAACAUUUCCAUCAUCGCAAGAUGUACAACAGAUGCAAAGCAAUUCAGGAAAGGUUUUGCGGAGAAAGCAACCUUUUGAUGUUUUGCAAGCUAUUCCACCUCCAACUCCACCUUUGGCUGUUCCAGGUGCAAGUGCGGGCAAGAUGAAAGCACAGCCCAAGAUUUCCACCGUUCGUUCACAUUAUCGUGCUCCACCUUCUCCUUUGGGUAAUGAAGUGCAAAAUACCAAACAAGAAGAAGAACAAAAUAGUGGUAGUGACGAAAGUGAAGGUGGUGCAAGAGGUCCAAAGGAGGAUUUACGAUGGAGCUCAGACGAAUCAACACCAACGCCCACGGCCAGUAGUGUAGCAGCAGCAAGUGCUCGUCGUCGUCAAGAAGCAACGACGAUGAUGCCCGUCAGUCUUGUUGCACCUACGCAAGUGGCUAGAGCCCGUGGUCUAUCGACAAGUCAACAGCAGCCAUCUAUCCAGCCAACCCCAAAGCCCGAUCCUUCCAGCAUUCGCCCUGUUUCAGCAUCUUCCGUGACACUUUCAAGUGGUCAACAAGUUCCAGCCGUUCGAACGGAUUUUGAGAAUAUGAAAAAAAUCACUCGUCCUGGCUCAUCAUCCAAAACGACAAACACUUCCAAUUCUCAAAUUUCUGCUUCUGUUGGACCAAGUAAACAACAGGAAGAAAAGGGAAAAGGAAGAGAGAUUGAUGAUGAAGCUGCUGCACAACAAACCGCUCCUGUUCAAGUGGUUGUUGUGCCUCAAUCGAUUUUGAAGACUACCGUCGUAAGUGAUCCGAAACGAUCUGUGGCUGCUCAACUUGAAAGCUAUGAACCACAUCAGAUGACUCCAGUCCAAGAAGAGGAAGAGGAGGAACAUCAACAAUCGAUCAGAAGGGUGUCAAACUCCAAUGCUAUGCGUGUGAUGCAAGGUGUGACGGGAGAGAUUGCAACUGAAGAUCAACAAGCGAAAGACUCUGCUGCAAUUCGAUCUCGUCGUCUUUCACGUGGAUCGUUUGAAUCAGGUACGACGGCACUUGAUACACCACGCAUAAUCGAUGAAGAUGGCCGAACAUCUUUUGAAAUGAUGAGAACGGGCAGUGGAGAAAUACUUGUUGGAAGAGAUGGUGGAAAUGAUACCGUUGGCAGACAUGCAACAUCCAAAGCGCUACAAACGCAUCGUGCAAUUGUUCAAGGAUUGGUUGCUCCUCCAAGUGAUGUGAUGGAAGUACAAGAACCUUCGGGAUCAAACGGUAUUUCACAGACAAAAGGUGAUACGCCAAGAAGUCACGGUAUUUCAUCCCAUCUGGAACAGUUGAACAAGUUCAUCAACACUUCAAUUGGUCAACCGAAUCGACAAAGUCAGACACCAAAAUCUGACGCUGGCAAAAAGGGUAAAGCUGACGCUAUCGAAAAGCACGAUCAUGUCAAGGAUCCAAAGAGACCCAACACCGGUGAUAGCUUUCAAAUCCCAAUCCUUGCGACCGCACAAAGACCGAGAACAGGUGGUAGUGGAGCACGAAGACCUGGAACUGGACAGACUCGAUUCUCAGUCGAGCCUCCAAUUGCAGGAGCGAAUCUACGCAGAGCCUUAAACAGUGCAGGUGGUCGAUCACGCACAUUCGGUGCAGGUGAAGAUCAACACAACAAGACUACUUGUCGUCAAUGCUUUCGUGCUGGGUUCGAUUGUGCAGUUCAAUUGCACAACGGUCAAGGAACAGGUGCACGAAAAGCAUUACAGGAAUUUGUUGCUGCAGGUGGUUUGGAGGCUCUGAGUGGUGUGGAAGACUUUUACGAAGGUAGCAUCUGGGGUAGUCAAGCAAUGGGCGCUGGUGCAUCUUCAAAGCGUGCUCAAGCCGCUCCUCCAAUCCGAGGACAGAACUUUGUCGAUCGAUUGGGUGAAGUGGCAUUUGGUGAAAGUGCAUUGAGUAGACCAGUCACUCGAGGUGCGAUGCAAGAUAUGCUGGAAGAACGUGGAAGAGUUUUGACGGAGCAACAACAUUCAAAGACUGUUGAACAGUUCUUGAUGGAAUUGCAACGUUUACAAAAAGAACAAGAGGAAGAAUUCGCACUUCAGCAAGAAGAAGAUGAGCAAGAAGAUGGCGAAGAUGCACGUACUCGAUCUAAAACUGGCACAACGGAGAAAAAGACGAGCUUUGAUCAAAACGCGGGCUAUUCUUCUCCGCAAGUCGAGAAGAACAGAUCGGUCAAUCAUGUCAACGAAAUACCCGCAAUGGACGAGGCGCAAAACGAACAGCCAAAAGAAGAAAAUGCGUCGCAAUACGAUCAAGAAAGUCUUCAAUCGAGUGCUACAGAAGACGAAUUGCCCUUCUUGGCUGAUCGUUGGUCAAUGUUACGCAAGCUGCAUCAGCUCACGGUAUAUGCCAUCUGGCUCUUCUGCAUUCAAUGCGUCAGUGCAGGAUAUUCCACUUCCGUUCCAACGAUUCAAGACAAGAUCCAUGCUGUGCCACUCUCUUUGAAUUUCGGUGAAUUUACCUUUUUGCUCGGUCAAGCAGGUGGAUUGUUCUUUGGCGCUUGUCUUUCUUCUUUGGGUCGUAUUCGUUUGCCGAUCCUCUCGAUUCUUAUGUCCGUCGUGGUUUGCGUCAUCAUUGGUUUUAUGCAUACAAGCUUUGUCAUUAUCGCUUUACGUGGAGCUUUGGGUUACCUUACCGGAUUAUACGAGAUUGCUUUGGUAGGAAUGAUCUUGGAUUUAUCUACAAGCAGAAGACAACGUUUUGGUUUCCUGAUAUAUGUUCUAGUAUGGAUUAUAAGUGCACAGGCUGCCGGUCCUUGGAUUACGGCAUUGGUUAUCAAAGUCGGCGCUUGGCCUUGGCUCUACUGGUUAACAGCCAUUGUCGGAUUGGUAUUUAUGUUCUUCCUUGCUUUCAUCACUGCCGAAACCGAAGCUUGUUCAAUUUACCGUACAGCGGUGAAAAAGCUCCGUGUCGAAAGUGCUGAGGCAUGGACUCCAGAACCUAGAGUCGCCGCUUCAUGGAGAGAAAUUAUCCUUAUACGCUCUAUUCGACCUUUCGUUAUGCUUGUUCGACAUCCGAUCGUGAUCUUAUCAACACUAUUAUUGGGUAUUCCACUAGCCUCUAUUGUUGGAGUGAUUGAUCCGAUAUCGGAUGUACUACAAGGAAGACAUCAAUUUGCAAGUUGGAAGUCUACAUUACUCAUCAGUAUUUGUAUCGCUUUAGGAUUGCUGAUCGCUACCGUUGUUAUACUCCUGUUUGGAGUUGGAUCAAAACGUCUCUCAUUCUCACAAAGAACACGCAUCUUAUUCAUGGACGAAAAAGGAAUCAUCGAUGCACAAAGACCAAAAUUCAACGCAGAACAAGUCUUACACGUUUGCGUAACCGGUUUAAUUAUCUUAACGGUGGGAUUAUAUACGCUCGCCUUGACCGCUACGAUAACGAGUUGGAUAUUUUGUGGGAUUUGUUUGGUUCUUUGUGUAACGGGUGUUACUUUAUUGUCCGUUGGUUUGUUGCAUUAUAUCGCCGAAUCGUAUUAUCCAGCCGCUUUUACCAUCUUGGGAGAAGUUUUGGCUUUAUCCGAUUCGGUUGGACCUGCUCCACAAUAUGCAGACGCUCAAGUACAACAACGGAUCAGUAUGGAUGCAGACAGAACCGUAGAGGAGAAUUUCGAACAACGUCAAGAGGAGGAGGAGGAAGAUAAGGACGAUCACACGCUCAUGUCUGGUGCAAAUCAGGAUGGUAAGAGAUGGGAUUCCAAUUGGGCUCUCAAUGUUAUAGGUACUGUAUUAGGAUUCACGAUGGUUCUUUCGGGUGUGGCAACCUUUAUUGGCCGUUUAGCCGCAUUCAAUAUUGGUUUCGGCCUUUAUGUCGCUAUUCUUGCCAGUAUCGUGUUGGGUAUUUCAGGUUUAGCAUUACUGUUCUUGGUUCGCUAUGGUCAUAAGAUGCGAAAAGAUGCUUUCGUGCAUAUUGCAAAGACAGAACAACAUAUCUGGCAAGCAAAAAGACCUUCAGGCUCUGAUGCGAAUAUAUCUGUUGCCACUUCAACUGGCGUAACUCGAUCAAGACGCUCAACAACCGACAAUGGAUUUGCAUUCAAUCGAACCCAAUUACCUUUACCGCAACCUGCUAAAUGGAAGACUGGUUUAAAACAAUUCUUGUUACCGACCCUUCGAGCAUCCGAUCAAAUAGAAGAAGGCGGUAGUGUUCCACGCAAGCCGUCUUCUGUGAUUAUGGAUCCAACAGUCCGAAGCAAGAUUCGCAAUUGGGUCGGCAGACAAAGGGGAACGAUGCAAGAUGCACAAAAUGGUGAAAACCGUGAAAUUGCACAGAUUUCAACACCUUUCAAUGCUCAACAUAUUUCUUCAGGUGCAAAUUUGAUAGAUGAAGAUCAGGAUUUAUAUGACGCUUUUGGCGUUCAACUUUCCGUUCGUGGGGGAGAUCAAAGGAGCAGAAGGCGUUCAACAUUGGUGAAUGAUGGUCAAAUGCCCUCUUUUGAAGUAUUUAUGAAACAAAAAGAGGAAGAAUAUAAUCGUCAAUUUGCAAAUCAACAACAAUCCGCCGCUGAGCUCAAGAUUCGAAAUGGUAAACCUGUCGAUCCACGGAAGAAUUCAAUCUCUACUCCUGCUCCUAUUACGCCUACGCCAAAAUCCCUAAAGCCAAUCGCUUCUCCUAGAUUUGUGAAUCCGACAUAUAGCUAUCAAAGAGCACAAACGCCACCUCCGAUGUAG